AUGUGGUUGAUUUCCUUGGUCACAUUACCCAUAUCACUGCACCAUGUCCAGCAAAAGGGGUAUGGGGUUGCUGGUCCCCCAAUUUCUGUGACCUAUCAGAGUUCCAGAGGAGGCUAUUCUCUGCUGGAAUCAACUCCCGAUUCAUGUAAAAAUGUAAAUUAUACAAUUAUACAAAAUGACAAACCUGUUUCCCAAACAGAAAGCGCAUUUAACCAGCCCGAGCAAUACAACCUGAAGGUGACUACGUUUGGAAAUGAAAAACACGGAAAGAAAGCGCGCGUGUCGUGGGAGAAUUCAUUCACGAAAGACGACUACGUGGUUGUGUGGCAUUGCAAUGAGGAUAUAUUCAACUUCCAAGGCGGGACUGCUAAGACCGUGCCGAGGCGACCGUCCAUCCAACACAUAAGUACUGAGAUUGAACUGGAGCCUGAUAGGAUAUACUGGUUGCAGAUUUUUCACCCGGAUUGCAACUUGCUUCGGCUUGCUGUCUCGGGGUCCGUUCCUUGCGCUGCGGUGAGAGUGGCCACGUUUCCGGAACGACUGCACCCUUUCAUCGUCAUAUGCAUCACGGUUGUUGUGAUUUCCUUGGUUGUCUCUGGGUCCUAUUUAAUCUAUUUUGUACACAAUGGAUCAGUAAAGUUCGAGUGGAACGAAACGACGCAAACGCCUGACGAGGACACAGGGAGACGAAUCUUCCUGUUAUCACUCGGCGAGACGGUCCAGAGACUCAUGAGCAACGGAGAGCAACCGUUGGCAGAGGAAUUUGAAUCUCUGAAGGAACAGUCUCCUAAAAACACGGUAAAGGUCGCCAGCCUUACUGCGAACAAGUACAAGAAUCGUUACGCCAAUAUACUGCCAUUUGACAAAACCCGAGUGCUUCUGGAACGAUAUGACGACGACCCAUACAGCGACUACAUCAACGCGUCAUACGUACAUAGUUUUACCAAGAAAAAGAGAUUCAUCGCCACGCAAGGCCCGAAGAAGUCGACACUGCAAGACUUUUGGCGGAUGAUUUGGGAACAGAAUGUCUACGUCAUCAUUAUGGUCACGAGCUGCAAUGAGGGAACGAUGAAUAAAUGCAGCAAAUACUGGCCGCACGUGAAGGAAGCGCCAUUUUGCUUCACUCGCGAGGACCUCAUCGUCUGCACCACGAAGGAGUCCACCAAGAACGGUUAUAUCGUGCGCAGGAUUCAGAUUAUGAAGGGAGACGACCAACGCAGCUGCCUCCAGUACCAAUUCGUGGACUGGCCUGACAUGGGGUGCCCGGCGUCGCCCAACGACCUCGUCUCCUUCGUGGCGGCGGUGAGGCCCGUCUUCGCUCUCGGGGAUUUCCACGUGGUCGUCCACUGCAGCGCCGGCGUGGGUCGCACAGGUACCUUCAUAGGCCUCCACAACAUCAUGGAGGAGAUGGAUGAAGGGAACUCCGUCGAUGUCUACGAGUGCGUGUUAAGAAUGAGGAAAUGCAGGAUGAACAUGGUGCAGACGCAGAGGCAGUAUGCUUACCUGUAUAAAUGUGCUCUCCAGUAUUAUGAGCAAAUAAGAACAGCAAGAGGGGGUUCUCCAUACCUCAAUGAAGUUUAACACUAGGUGAGAGAUGGCUUCAGUGAAAUUCUUUAAGAUGAAAG